CCACCACCACCAAGGUUCGCGUCUUUUAAGUUAUAAGGCUCUGUCAUAGCUCUCCCUCCCUCCUUUCCCCAUCUACCAGUUCGUACGCCAUCUCUACAUUUAUUGUUUUUGCUUUCAGACUUUGGAUUUUUGAAAGGAAAAAGUUUUUUGUGAGUCUGUAAAACGAAACGAACUAAAUGAAUCGGAAAGCUCACUUGGUUAGAGCUUCGUUUGCUUACCAGAGCGAGCAUCCGGAUGAUCUGUGCUUCACUGAGGGCCAAUUAAUUAAUGUUGUUGAUGAGGUUGACGAAGACUGGUUGUACGGUCAAUAUGAUAUGAAUGGAACGACUUGGACUGGCAUAUUUCCUCGGAAUUUUGUUGAAGAAGUGGAAAGCGAAAAUGACGGCGUAGUGGCCGACAACGUUCAUGAAGAAAACCAUACUGAGCCCCAGAAUGAACCGGUUCAGCCGAAGAAGGAGGAAUUAGCUGCCGCUCCAGCUCAUGACUCUCCUCUACCUCUUGAUUCUAAGACGCCUGAGCGUGAAGAAACGAGGACGGUAGAGGAAAAAGCCAAGUUCAACACGGCGGCUCCUUCUGCUGCCGCUGCUAUGGCAUUCAAAUCAUAUAGUCAGCCUCACGAGCCUCCAGUGAGCAGGGAAGAUGGUGUGGAACAUGAACCAGAAAUCUCCUACGCAUCAUUGGAAGAACGGCUCGAGGAGGAGGUCACACAUACACCAGCUCAGUUCGGCAUCGGCAACUUGGUAACUCACAGAAAAAGCUUGGGCAAGAAUGAAGAGCCGGCAGAGACGAAACCUUCCAGUGAAAUUCCUGUCGAAAAAAGCGUUUAUGAGCCCUAUGCAGUGAACUCGGAAAGAACUUCUGAACCUUAUUCACAGGUUCCUCCACCCCUGCCGGCUUCCAAGCCUAUUCCUAGUGAACAACACGCUCCUGUACCAAAUAUUAAUGCUUAUGAGAAGACGCCUGCGGUUCAUAAAGAGGCUGAAACUGAGAUUGACCAUAUUGAUUCUCAGGAACUGACUGCUGAAGAAGUCCAGAAGCAGAAGGAGUCCUUCAAGCAAAAGCUGAACGCGUUUAACAAUCUGAAGGAGGAGGAUCUGAUUCAUAAGAGCAAAGAAGCGGAGGCUUUGUCCAACGAACUGAAAGAACAAAACGUUUCGUUGAAAGAGCGCGUGGCUAGACUUAAUUCUUUACAAAUGCAUUUAGAUAAGUCGGCCCCCCCUGCGAGAAAACCCAUCGUCCAUUCGCCGGCGAACGACGCUGCUAAUGAUUCAGCUACUGCUGCUGUAUCAUCAGAGCACGUUCCCGAAAUCACUGAUUCUGAACCGGCUGCUCAUAGUCCUGAAUCCUUAACAAUUGUUUCAGAUCAACGUAUGGUGGAAAGCCCCGUAGGCGAAGCAGAACAAGAGCCUUUCGCUUAUGCUGCGCAAAACGAAAUUCAUGAGAAAGUACCGGAGGAGGUGUCCGAACCGGAAGAGAACCAGCCCAGCAAGCAGAGUGCUGAAGCUUAUGAGAAUGAUGACGAGGAAGCUGAUGAAGAGGAGGAAGAGGAAGAUCCAGAAGAAGCUCGUCGACGUGCCAUUCGUGAACGUGUUGCGAAGCUCAGUGGAGGCUUCGGAAUGAAUAUGCCCUUUGUGCUUCCAGGAAUGGGUGGAUCCCCGAAAACCAGAAAGAAGCCGUCAAAAAAACGUUCUCAGACUGCUCCAAAAGAGGAUGAAACUACCCGUGCGCCCCCUGUUCCUAUUUUUCCUCACCCUAUUCCUUCAACUAAACCAGUAACAGAAGAAGAAACUCCCAUUGACACCGCUGCCGUGCAUCCUGUUCAACAGCAUUCGUCAAGUUCGACAGAAUCUCAGCCCGAACCACCCGUGGAGCAUUCCAAGAUUACGAAGUCUCCUGCUAAAGCACCCGCCGAUGUCUCGUCUGAUGAGUAUGAUAUAAUGAAACCCGAAGAGCUCGAGACCGCUCGUCUUUACCGCCGACUUUCCGAAGCUUCUGUUAAGCGUACUCGUUCGCGUCAGAAUUCACUCUUGCGUCUGCAAAGUGUUUCCGAAGGAAAGCGUGUUGAUGAUAUCCCCUUAGUCGGUGUUUCUCACACUAACAUCAACUCCCCAUCCUCUCAGGAACCCUCAGGGGGAGCUGCCUUUACGCACGAAGAUGUUUCCGGGCGUUUGGCGAAUUUAAAGCUGGAUGAGGACGCUCCAAGUCGGAGAUCGUCGACUGAGGCACCUGGUGUUGUGAGAAGAAAGUCAUCAAUGAAAACCAAGAAUACAAAGCCAGUUGCUGAGGCUCCUGAUCUGUCAAGCUUACAGAAUAUGGAAGAUGAUGACCAUUUGCUGGACCUGAUCCCUCCGAGAAUCCCUGACGAGGGAAAUGCCGGUAACCAGGCGGAUGUUGAAUCUGCUGCAAACUCUCCAGUAGCUACUGUUGUUCGUCACCCAGGAAUUUUUGGUGAUGACAAUGAUCGUUCGCGUGCAGCUACCCAACGUCUUGCUGAGAUUCUCCCUGAAUACGAGAGUGAGCAUGAGCCUACUUCGAAGAGUACCAGCAUUAGUAGGGCCCAUUCACGCUCGCGUCGCGCAAACAUUCCUAUGUUGAGUUAUGAGGAUGCUGACCGCGAAGGACAUCUCGAGUCAAUGGACGAUUUUAAUGAUGAGACUCAACCAGAGCAACGGUUCUCGCAUGUUAUAAACGUCCCCUUACCCAGAACACCUUCUGGUGAACUCGGCGAUGUUGAGUUUCCUCUGUCCGCUUAUCCCCGUUCGCCUGCUCCUAAGUCACGUCUUUCUAAUCAAUUGGAGUUGCCAACAGUCGCCGGACCACCAAAGCUGGAUGAGCCUGAAGAGUAUGAAGCUGAGGCUCCUGAAGCUCCGGUUCAUCAUCCAUUGCCAACACCCCCUAUGCCUAUUCCUCGUAAAGCAUCUUUGCGUAAGAAUGAAAACAAUUCGGGUUCACCGGAGCCUGUGUUCCAUACUCCAGAAAAGGAUGAAUUUUUUGACGCUUUUGAGAAUGAGGAAUUGCAGGAUGCUCAAGCUUUAGAAGAUCCCGAGGAAAUGAACUUCCAAAGACAUGAGUUGCCUCCUGUUCCCAAGCCUACCAAGAAAAACUCUCUAGACGUUCCUAAAGUUCCACUCCCUCCUUUGCCUGUCAACACAAAGCCCCAGGUUGUCGCCGACUCCUUUACUAAUGAGAAGUCCUCGGAGUCUCCUGAAAAACCACAGCACCGUGCUCCUAUUAGCUCGCUUCGCCGGUAUACAAGUACUCGAAAGGCUUCGGGUCCGCGACCUCAAGUGCCCUUGGGCCGGACGAUAUCAUUGUCUGAAACAUCAAGCUCCCAAGCUGGUCGGCCAGCACUGCCUCCUGUCCCUCCUCCUCCAACGAAUUACAUCUCAAUGAUGCCUAAGGAAGAGGAAGAGAAGUCGGCUUCUGCCACUACUGCAGCACCAUCGCUCCCGCCAACAUCACCUCCUCCCGUUCCCACCGCGGCGCCGACUUCGGUUGGCAGAAAACCUUCAGUUCGUACUGCACGUCCGCAGCCGCCUGCAGCGCCGGCACCAGCAAUUCCUUCAAAUGUGCAUCCUGCAAAUGCUGCACCUCCAGCUCCCACAACACCUGAAAAGAGGGCUUCCCGAAACACGAUUGUAACUCCAUUCAGUGAUAGCUUUGUUGCAAAGCCCAUUGAUCCCGAGUUGAACACUGCCUGGUGGAGCCGCCCCUCUGUGUUUCCAGACAGUGCUAAUGCCUUGCGUUCUCAGGCUUUGCUAAAGUCGAUGUCGGAAGAUCAUGGUGACUACUUACGUCGUAUCAUUUGCAUUCUGUUUCGCGAUUACAGUAAGACCGUAAUCACUGCUUCUUAUGAACGUUCUCAACCUAAUGUUGCAUCUAUUGUCCAAAAGCAGGUUCCCCCUCCUUCGCAACCUUCUAAGGAUAAUCUUGAACAAGCUCAUGUACUUUAUGGACAAAUGACCGCCAGAAAGGCGAAACUUGCCCAGGGAACUGUCGUAGAUGAUGGUAGUGCUUUUGCAUUUGUUAAUUCGGUGUAUCGCACGUUGGAUAGAUGUUUAUUGCCCAUUGGUAAGCGGAGCUACGGUGCCAUUGUGUAUCAGAACAUGGCGAAUGCAACUGUCCAACAGUAUGAUGAAAUUCGCCCUGGUGAUAUUGUGACUUUUAGAAAUGUUCGCCUUCAAGGCCAGAAGGGAGCACUUCACCAACGCUACUCUUUGGAAGUUGGUAAACCGGACCAUGUCGCAAUCGUUUUCGAAUGGGAUGGUACGAAACGGAAAAUUCGUGCUUAUGAGCAAGGCCGUGAAUCAAAGAAGGUGAAUUUAUGCAGUUACAGAUUUGGUGACUUGAAAAGCGGUGAAAUCACCGUCUGGCGUAUUAUGCCUGCUUCUUGGGUGAAUUGGAGUUGAUUGCAAUGCCCUUGAAUACCUUCUCCUUGUCUGUUUUCGGCUGCAUUGUUGGUGAGGCUGCCCUCACGUCUUGGUUCAUGUCCAUCUGUAUAACCAUAUUUAUAGUUUCGGCUGAUUUUAUGCACUUUGUCCGUUCGUUUUUUGCGCCACUUAAGCCUGUUACUUAAUCGAAACAGUUAACGUAUUUUUUUUCUGUCUGGACAGAUUUCGAAUGCGCUCUACACAUUCGACCCGAUGUGCGGGUUUUAAUAGAUGUUGUAUACGCGCGGAUACCAUUGUUAGUUGUCUUUGAACAUUUAUUUAAUGAGAUAUCUGAAUUCUAAUAACAACGUUUAGCAGUGGGAGGAACAGGGAGCCGACCGUUUGCACUGUACACCGUAAAUAAACCGAAUGAAUGUGAUCAAUUACUCU